GAAUUACUAUUGAAUGAACUCGACCUUGAGGAAGAGCCCCUGGAACUAAAGUUAAAAAAAAGUAUAGACGAAACCCACUUAACCUUGAAACAAAAACAAGAGGCAAAAAAUUUUUUAAAUAGUGAAAAAACGAUCUUUACACAUGACACCAACAAUCUAGGACAAACCAACCUGAUG